AUGGUAGAAAAUCGUCUGUUUUUCUUCAUACAUAUUUCUAUUCUUUUUCUUAUUAUAUUAUCAUCAUGUACUGCAUAUGAAGUGUUUAGACAUAAAACAGGCCUAGUACGUCCAAUUAAGUAUCAUAUAUUAAUUGAUCCUAGUCGAUAUACAGAUCGAACAAGAGAAUAUCAUGAUACAUUGGCAAAAUUACGAUUUUGGCGUCGAUAUAUUAAUGAAUUCGAUGAAGAUAAUACUGGAUCACAAGAAAUUCUUCGCAAUUACAAAUAUUCAGAAUACAACAAACGUUAA